AUGUUCGGUGCGCUCAUUAAAUACGGACGCAUGUUUCUUGACGUUGACGUGAAUUUAGCUUGCUGCAGUAUCGAUCACUGCAGUGCUAUAGCUCGUGCGCUGGAGACCGUCUGGCCGGAAGUGAUCAUUUUGUCCUGUUGGGAACAUCUUCUGGGGCAGGCCAGAAAGCAGCGCUCAAAGCUAGUCGACAAAAGCUUCUACAAGAAGUACGCACUUCCUCAGCUGAAGUGGCUUCGCGAAACGCGCUCCCUAAAUCAAUUUCGCAAUCUCUCGAAGUGCGUUGUGCGGUGGUGGAAGUUAAAAGGAGAGACCGCGUAUGCGGAGUGGCUAGAAGAUAUCUACCUCACAUCGCGAUGGGAGCGGUGGAGCGUAAACAGCAGUCCGAUACCAGGAGUCUUGCCAAUACAGCAGGCCAUUGAGAGCCACCACAAAGUGAUAAAAGAGGUGAUCACAGCCUUUGAGAAGGCCCCGACGAUUCACGUAUUAAACUCUGCUCUGGCCAGACUCUUAAUUCUUGGUUCGGAUACGUUAUCGGACGGCCCUCAGGGUCAUUUCUGCGAAUGUGAGUAA